UUUUCGUAAUUAUCAGUAAUAGUGAUAGCGCAUCUAAGAUGAUUCAUUGGUUUUAGUUUUAAGGUUUCUCACUACAAAAUUAUUUAAUAAUUGAGAAUACUUCCUGAAUAAAUAAAUCUCAAAGCAGAAACUGUUGCUAUUGAAAUAUGGCAUGUAAUGGGUGCACUAAAAGAUUUGGAUUUUUCUUAAAAGAGAAUGGAUGUCCUUCUUGUAAAUACUCGUUUUGCUCCAAGUGUUUAAAAUAUCGUAUGAAAAUAGAAGGAAAAGCUAGGGACGUUUGCUUACGGUGCUACGAACUGUCGAAAUCUGGAGCUAAUUCCAAAGAUACGAAAGAAGCUUCUGCGAGCGGUCCGUCUAUCCUAGAUGUACCAGUUGAGACUGCCCCCGUUGUCACGGGCAUCAUUAAUCCGGUGCCUAUAUCGACAGAAGCACCACCAGAUAGCGAUACAGACAUACGGAGACGACUCGACGCUCUAAAACGAAAGAAUGACGAACAUCCGUCGGAAUCAGAAAUUUCACCUGAUACCGCUGCUGGAACCAGUCUUACCGACAUGGAAAAGAGAUUGGCAGCUUUGAAAGGAAUCGAGUACAAGGACUACGCCGAAGCGAACAAAAAAUUCUUAUUGCAAAAAGAUGACCGAAGCGAGGAGGAGCAGAUCAGAGAUCUCAUGAAGCAAUUUGCGGAGGAACAGGAAAUUCAUGACUCCAUGGAUAAUUAUCGUCUGGCAGCAGUGGAUGAUAUUGAAAAACGUCUUGCGGCUUUAAAAGAUGUUCCUGCAGAUAACGCUGACAAACAUAAGGAAGAUGAUAAACCAGAUUCAUCUGGUGAUGAAGGCGAAGAAAACGACGAGGAGGUUGCCAAAAAACUUGCUGCGCGAUUCUUAGAAGAGGCGGCUAUAGACGCCAAAAAGCACCCGAUGGGAGAGGAUGAAGAUGAAUUGAACAAUCUGGACAUUCCGACGCCACUGGAUCCGUCCGAAACCGAGGAGCUUCCUUGGUGUACCAUUUGUAACGAAGAUGCCGUUGUGCGGUGUGUGACUUGUGGAGGUGAUUUAUUUUGCCGUGCAUGCUUCAAAGAAAUCCACGACGAUGAAGAAUACCGCAAACACGAAAUCAUACCAUAUAAAGCUAAAACCAAAAGUUAGCUCUAGUAACAUCUUGUUUUAACAGCGUAUCAUAAUUUUUUUUUUGUUGCUUAUCCAUUAUGUACCCACAAAAACCGUUUCCGAUUUUGUUUCAUUAAAAAAAAAUCUGUUACGAAGUUAACCAAGCGGUAAAAAUGUUUGGCCAAAUUUUCCUGAAUUAACAUCAUUACGUUGAACGGCCCUCGUCUUCGAUUUGCUUGAAUUUUCACUGAAGCUUAUGGGAGUCCAAAGCAGCAAAUUGUGUGAAUUAGACCAAGGAAUUAACUGAGUUUUUGAUGCUACUGCUAAAAAAAGAGAAACCCCGUUGAAGCCCGUGAUAGCGCAGACUGUGUAUCGCAUAGUUUAACCACGUUUAACAUUCGCAUAAGCAGUCUCAGCGGAAUGCUGCUGCGAAGUACACGUGGCUGAACGUUCAAAUUUAUUUGUUCCAUAAUCACGAAACAGUCAAGUAACUGGGCAAUCCAAAUCAGA